AUGCAUUUCAAACGCGUUUUGUCGACGAUCGGCGUUGGUCUUGCCGUCGCUCAAGCCACCCCGAUCCGAGACUCGAUUCAAGAACCGAUCUCCACGGACCCGGCCUCCGGCACAGGCAGCGAAGAGCACCAAAAUCAGCCCACCAAGUAUUUCCACGAGUCGAGCUUCUCGGUCAACUACGACCCUCGUUUUGCCUCUGCGGCUCUCAACUCAACAGCUCAGAGUGACGCCGUCAAAGUCCUGGUGCAGACCUACCUCUCCACCUUCCGUGACUUGAGCAUUCAAACCUGGCCUGCGCAUGGCACUCUUCUGGGCUGGUGGUGGAACAAGCAGCUGCUUCCUUGGGAUGCGAAACCUACCGUCCAAGUCUCUAAUGAUGACAUCAACUUCCUGGCUGCUUAUCACAACAUGACGACCUGGUACUUCAAAUAUCCCAAGAUUCCCGCCGGCCGCUCUUUCCAAUUGGAGGUGAACCCAAACUACGUCAAUGGAAGACAAGACGACGGUGCAAAUACCGUUGAUGCGCGAUGGAUCGACAUGGAGAAUGGAUUGUUUAUCGAUAUCAUGGCGGUACGAUAUGUGAAAGACGAUUCCGAGGGCGAGGGUGUCCUAGCAAGCAAGGAUGGGCAUGAAUUCAGAAACACAUAUCUGUAUCCGCUGCUUGAGACGACAUUUGAGGGCGUGAAGACGAAAAUUCCAUACAAGUACAAGGAAAUGCUUGUGGCGGAAUAUGGAAAGGAUGUGCUGAUCAGAAAGAACAUCAAGGGUCACACGUUUGUUGACAGCGAUAUGAAGUGGAUUCCGAAUGAGGAACUCUGA